AACAAAAGUGACGAGGGUGAAUCGUCAAUUCUAGGGCGGACAAAGGCGGGGCGCUGCCGUCACCGCCGCUCGGCCAAUCGCGACCCAUUUCCAUAAGAAGGCCUCAGCUCCCGACCACGCCAGAGUGCUGGAAAACAUUUGGCCAUCACCAUCACUACAAGCACACGUGCAAUCAUGUCGCAAAGUAACACCAACUCAUUACCGGAAACGACGACGGCCAAGUCGCCCGCUGCUCCCACGCCGGACAAGGACUUCUACACCUGGUCCACCUUCUUCUCCAUCCUGACUGGAGGCGCAACUCCCCAAGAACGAGAAGCCUACUUCGACAUCAAAGACACAAUCAACGAAGAGCGCGAUAUUCAACGAGCCGAGAAGGAUCGGAAAUGGCUGCUCGAAUACUCGCCCAUCGUACGCUUCAUGCGCCACAACAUCAACCUACUCGGUCAUGAUCUGAAUGAGACCAAUAUGCGCGUGAAGCGUUGCACCACACAACAAAGCGGAGGCUUCGAUCCAGACUUCGGCAUCCUCUUAUGCGCGAACAAGUUCAGGAACAGAGGUCAUAUGGAAGACACCAUGGCGCAUGAGAUGGUCCACGCCUACGAUCAUCUGAGAUUCAAGCUGGAUCCUCUGGACCUGAGACAUGCUGCCUGUAUGGAGCCACUCCAGAUCCGUGCCUCGACAUUAUCGGGAGAAUGCCGUUUCGGUCGCGAGUUCUUUACUCGUGGACAGUGGAACAUCACACAACAAAUGCAAGAGUGCGUACGAAGGAGAGCCACCCUGUCAGUCGCCAACAGACCAAGCUGCAAGGACAACGAACACGCCGCCAGAGUAGUCGACGAAGUUUGGGACAGCUGCUUCAACGACACUAGACCAUUCGACGAGAUCUACAAGUAA